AUGGGUUGUAAGUUCUCAAAGUAUUCAACAUGCUGUUGGGGUAGCGAGCAAGGUGGUGUUGGUGGUGGUGGUGUUCAGGUUCCGGAGGCGAAUGUUGAUGAAAAUGAAAACAAUAAUAUUGAGGGCAAUGGCUCGCCGUCGUUUCGUGAAUAUACGAUUGAUCAACUUAGGAAGGCCACCUCUGGGUUUGCAGUAGAAAAUAUUGUUUCUGAGCACGGAGAAAAGGCUCCAAAUGUUGUUUAUAAAGGGAAACUUGAAAAUCAAAUGCGAAUUGCGAUCAAACGGUUCAACAAAUCAGCAUGGCCAGAUGCCCAUCAAUUUUUGGAAGAGGCCAAAGCUGUUGGUCAGCUAAGGAGCCAAAAAUUGGCAAAUCUGCUUGGAUGUUGCUCUGAAGGUGAUGAGAGGUUGCUUGUAUCAGAAUAUAUGUCCAAUGAUACUUUGGCAAAGCACUUGUUCCAUUGGGAAACUCAGCCCAUGAAAUGGGCAAUGCGACUUAGAGUUGCUUUAUACCUUGCCCAAGCUCUAGAGUAUUGUACCAACAAAGGACGGGCUCUGUAUCAUGAUCUAAAUGCUUACCGAGUUCUUUUCGAUGAUGACUUCAAUCCUAAACUUUCCUGCUUCGGUUUGAUGAAAAACAGUCGAGAUGGGAAAAGUUAUAGUACAAAUUUGGCAUUUACACCACCUGAGUAUCUCAGGACAGGUAGAGUGACCCCAGAGAGUGUAACUUAUAGUUUUGGGACCCUUUUGCUUGACCUUCUCAGUGGAAAACAUAUUCCUCCAAGUCAUGCCCUUGAUCUGAUCAGGGACAGGAACCUUCAGAGUCUAACAGACUCAUGUUUAGAAGGACAAUUUUCCGACGACGAGGGGACUGAAUUAGUUCGUCUAGCCUCACGAUGUUUACAAUCUGAACCUCGAGAGCGUCCUAAUCCGAAGUCAUUGGUCACUGCUCUAAUACCUUUACAGAAGGAUUCUGAGGUUCCUUCUCAUGUGCUGAUGGGUAUACCUGAUGCCGAUGGUAGUGCAGCUUUUCCCCUUACUCCACUCGGGGAAGCUUGUCUACGCAGAGAUCUGACAUCCCUACAUGAGGUGCUGGAGAAAAUUGGGUAUAAAGAUGAUGAGGGCGCAGCUACUGAGCUUUCGUUCCAAAUGUGGACCAACCAGAUGCAGCAAACAUUGGAUUCAAAGAAGAAAGGAGAUGCUGCUUUUCGGCAGAAGGACUUCAAAAAUGCAAUCGAUGGCUACACACAGUUUAUUGAGGUUGGAACCAUGACUUCUCCAACAAUUUACGCGCGUCGUAGUCUGUCAUAUCUCUUCAGCAAUAUGCCAAAUGAAGCACUUGGCGAUGCAAUGCAGGCACAAAUGAUAUCUCCUAUUUGGCACCUUGCAUUUUAUCUACAAGCUGUUGCUCUUUUGGCACUGGGAAGGGAGAGUGAUGCCCAAGUGGCACUUAAAGAAGGUUCUUCACUUGAAACUAAUAAGAGCACAAAUUAA